AUGUCGUCUUUUCGCCCAUCGUCCCAGUCGUUGAAAACGACCCAUGUUGUCGGGGUGAAAUUACUAUUGUUAUUUGCAGUGGUUUUUUACAUUGCGCAAGAUUUCAGGGUCAGCGGUGUCGGAAGUGACCAAUGGAUCAGGUUGUGUACGUUGACGAGCAAUGGGAGCUCGCUAAUGAACGUGACUAUGCCAUGCGGCGUUCACGUUACAAGUAAUGAGCCUAAAGAUGAAUACAAAGACAAUACCGGCGUUUCAGAAAGCUGGCCUGAGGUAGAUGAUUCGGUGGAAUACGUAAAAAUUACACUAGACGGUGGACGAAACACUACCACCCCAGAAAAACACCCCGGAAAUUUAACUAACAGACAAGAUAGUGAAUCGACUAUCAGGCAAGAUGAUGAUUUGACUACUAAACACUCCAAUAAUAAGACCAGUGAAGAAGACGCAGAAGAAGGAGAAGUAGAAGAAGAAGGACACGUAGAAGAAGAAGGAGACGUAGAAGAAGAAGGAGACGUAGAAGAAGAAGGAGACGUAGAAGAAGACGGAUACGUAGAAGAAGAAAGAGACGAAGAAAAAGAAAAAGAUGCAGUCACCGAUGCCGAAGAUGACAACGAUGAUCGUGAUGUAGAAAUCAAUAGUGGUGACGAUGAUGAAGGUCAAUCGAAGUACGACGAAGAAGUUACAAUCCUGAAUGUAGAAGCUAAUGAAGGUGAUUCCGAAAAUAGAGGAGAUGAAAUUAGUGGCAUGAAAGAUCAACUCAACAAUCGACGACGUGGUACGGCCGUGACCAAAGUGAUGAUUGGGUACCUGAUGGAUGCCCGAAGUCAAUUGUACGACAAGAUACAUUAUUUGUUGGAUUUACUGCAACAGACAUUUUUCAAUUUGAAACUUAAUUGUCGACAACGUCGUAACUCAAUUGAACGACGGAGUUUAUUCAAUAACAAUAAGAGGAUACAGGGAAAUAAAAAAAACCCGUCGUUUUCCUCUAUGCUCUUAGAACCGACAUUUGAACGUUCAAUGAUGACUAUGUCAUUUUUAAUGUUUGGUGUAUUUGUCAUCCAAGUGGUACAGAAAUUAAUGCAAACGAUACAGCAACCUGGUGAAAAUUCAUUCAUAGGUAGUUCAAUAUUUGGUAACCUACCAACAGCAUCAUCGAACAUAUUUUGA